CCAGGAGAAACUAGAUGUUUUUAUGUGAUAUACAUGGAUUAUACUGCUGUAACAAUAAGAAACGAAAUUUUCCCACUUGGUUGUACUGACUACGAGGAUAAAAGUUUUAGCUGCCAAAAUUGGAACAAUUCUAUUGGAAUAUGUAAAACAACUUACGGUCCUGUCCAUACAAUAGCCAGGCACAGAUGUCCAAGAUUCUGUACAUUAUGUAAAGGAGCACCUCAUUCACAACUACUUCCUACAAUUGCAUCCGGGACUUGUGGUGAUAUACUUGGUAUUGACUGCCAAACCAUAAAUAUAACCAACAUAUGCAGCAACACAUUUGGACAGAAGUAUUGUGCAAAACAUUGUAAACAAUGCAAAGAAUCUGUGGGUCGACUGCCAGAUAUUGGUUCCUUGUUUGGACGUUAAUAAAAAUUGGAAAAAAAGUUUAUGGAUGUGCGUUGAAUACAGAUAAUGUAUAGAAAUUAUAUAUUCCAAAACCUUGAAACUUUAAUAUGAACGAAAUAUUAAGAAUGCUUAAAGUCGGUGUA